UCUAGACGUUCUCAUGGAGAUAUCUGGGGGAAAAGGUUAAAACUUUGCAUAUGAUAGGCUGUUCUUAGUCUAAGACAUCAUUUUUCAAUAGACUAUUAAUGAUAAAGAUUCGAGAGUAAUUCAAAACUAAUCAAAAUUGCUGUAUUGUUGUGUCGUCUGCUCCCCACUCAGCAGCCACUCAGAUUGGAAGCUCGUCUAGUGUAGUGUAGUGAGCGGCUAAUUCAAGUUUUUUGUUUGGUUUUGGCCUCUUCUCUUAUUUUAUUCCUUUUGUCACAUCCAUCUAUUGAUUAAUUCUGCGUUAUGAAUCAAUUAGGAUUCUCGAGUCGGUUAGUCCGUCAGUUUUCUUCGGGGUUACGGCCUUCCCUUGUUGGACGAGAUAUAAUCGAUUUGAGAACUAUACAUGAAAAUGAAUUGAAGUUUCUGAUUUGGACAGCACUUGAUGUUAAAGGGAGAGUGAAAGCACAAACAGGGAGUAAUAUACUAAAUAGGAAGCAGAUAACAUUAUUAAUGAGUGCACCUGAACCCUUUACUCAAGCUGUAGCAGGCCAAGCUGCUUUUAGUAUAGGAGGUGGUCUGUCAACAAUAAUUGAUAAAUCCAUUGAAAAUUUGGAUCAGCGAUCCAUUGAUGAUUUAGGGAGAGCGUUAUCAGCAGCUUCAGAUGUCAUUCUAGUUCAUUCUAGCAAUCACAGCUUCAUCUCAAAGCUAGCAGAUGGGGCAACCGUCCCAACAGUGGCUUGGCGCUCUGAGAAGUUUGCCAUACUUCAAGCAUUGGCUGAUACAAUGACAAUUCAAGAACAUUUUAAUAUUUUAAGUCCCUUAACAUUGAGCUGGGUUGGCCCACCUACUGCUCUAUUUAAUUCCUACUUACACAUAAUGCCUAAAAUGAAAACCAAUCUCAGAUUUUGCUGUAAUGAUCCUGAUAGCAGCUGUCACACUUCACCGGCCAUGAUGGAGGAAGGUAUCAAAAAUGCUAUUAAAAGUAAAACCAACUUUCAUGAAUGCUUAAACGCUGCUGAGGCUGUUUACCGCACUGAUGUAAUAGUGACAACUGGCCAUGACAUCCCAUCACUUUCCCUGAAGAAAAAGGAUGUGGAUGAGGCAUCUUUAGAAUACCUCUUGCUUCAUGACCUUCCCCGUGGAAAGUCAGAGAUAUCAGAGGAAUUAUUCCGAUCAAAGCACUCAGCCAUUUGGAAAUCAAGGGAAAAUGUUGCAUGUGUUGCUAUGGCUGUUUUGAUUACUUUAACACAGGAUUACAACCCAUUUAUAUCAGAGCCUAAAUGGGAGAUUGAAUGAGAUAAUUCACAAUUAUGUGUUUCUAUCUAAAUCCCCUUUAAUCUCUGCUUCUCAUGUUUUAGAUACAAAUAUACAAAGAAAUUGCCAUGAAACUUGUAAGAGCCUCCAUUUACACAAAUAAAAGAUCAACCAAAACAGAUCAUAAAA